AUGUUGCUUAAUCUUCGAAUGUGGUUGUAUCUGCGAUUCUCAAACGCGUGUUGCGGGCGUUGUUUCUUCCGGCAUUCGAACGUUUACGCGCAGUCUUCCAUUCUCCCUCCGCCUCUCCAGAUUGACUUCUACCUGACAUCGCAUCUCUUCGUGCCAUUUUCCGAAUUCUUCCUCAAACGUGUCGCAGAAGCUCACGCUGCACCAACUCAAUACAAGAUGGCGCCCAUAACAACAGCGUCCGACGAGAAGACGCAUCAAGCGCUCCUGGACAAGCUCGACAUCCACGGCGUUCAUAAGCCAUACCGCAACCCUCACUGGAAGCCGCCACAGCGCCGAAACAAGAACGUCAGGCAGAUCGUCUCCGACGCAGCGCGCAAAGAAGCUUCCGUCAUGGCUACCCAGAACAACAGCGGCGUCUCGACUCCCGUGCUCCCUCAUUCCGAAGCCUUGACCCCAGUCAACAGCAACUCGCGACAGGCGAACAUCGCGCAAGCGGCACAGAGCUUGAGUACAUUGGUAUUGGAGAGGAACAGCCGUGCUGCUAUGGCGAGUGGCCCUGCUGCGACGUAUACGAACAUCGAGUCCGCUCCUAGCUUCCAUCCGAGCAGCCAGAGGAGAUAUUGCGAUAUCACAGGCCUGCCAGCCCCAUACACCGAUCCGAAGACGAGGUUACGGUACCACAACAAGGAGAUAUUUGGAGGUAUUAGGACGAUGCCGCAGAACGUAUACGAAAGCUAUCUAGCAGCUCGAGGAGCCCACACCGUGUUGAAGUGAGCGAUGUCACGUCGGUCGACAUGGGACGUCACAGCCUGUAGCAGGCAACGUCUAUUAUACCCAAUCUAUAUCGGUUACGGAGUUGGUUUUUGAAUGUAUUGAAGCAGGAUCCUUCUAUAUCACAAUGGGAAAGCCCCAGCAUUGGAAAGAGAUUCUGGGAAUGGCAUGGCAAUGGCAUACGAAAGCAAAUUCAAGCAUGUCUGAGGCACAAAGUCAAACUCAAUCCACCCACCUUGCCCCUUUCGAAGCAAGGCUCAAGACUGCGCUCCGGCUUAAUCGGCACUCAUUUUUUGUUCUUCGCCAGUAGACAGGAUACCAGGAACUCAGAGCAAAUCGUUCCUAGUUACAGCAGCAUGAAAAGCGUACUGUUGCCAAGGCGGUCCGUUGUGUUACCUCUCGCAAGAGGCGUUUAUAAUACAGACUAUUUAUUUUAGUGAUAGAUCAAUGGUAGCAUCU